AUGAGAAUGAGGAAGCGUGUUGGAUUGGCAUUCUCUUCGCCGAUGCUCAUGAUCGAUUCAGUGGCUGAGGGACUCUUCAAUAUUCGCGAGUACAAACCCUACGUGAAUAAUCGUUGUUUCCGAUUAGGAGAGAGCAUGAACAUUCCGAACGACAAGCUAAAGAAGCAAUACGAGCUUUUCUUGAAGUAUCUGAUGCAAAAGAAGCCCACAUGCAAUGAUUACGCGUUGUUGGUGUAUUAUUUGAUUCUUCAGGAUCGUGUGAUGACUGCCCUUUCUGUGUUUAAACAGUUCGUCUGUGAAGAGCGAGAAGGCCGCUUUGUUCCGCGCGCAGACUGCGUUUGCAACGUCCAGGUCGAUUAUAUGAUCGCGUAUUUUGAUUGUUUCACGGAGAGUUUGACGCAGGCUCGCGAGAUCUGUGCUCGCUAUGAGUCCUAUCCAGUUCUGUACUGGCGAAAUCUAUUCAGCAACAUUUCUUCGAUGGUGAAAAGCGUGGAUGGAACGAUGGAUGUCGAGAAGACCUUCGAAAUCAGGGACGAAUUGGACCUUGCUCACGAUAAAUUCAAAUCGAAACGAUCGCAAAUGAAUAUGGACAGUUCGCUCGAAGUGUCAUCCACGAAUCAGGUGAUUACGCUGCACUACUACAAUCUACGCGAGGCAGACAUCAAUCUCUACGAGCUGGAUGUGGAGUUGCUCUUCAGUCUGAAUUCCUUCGUGUUCAACAAGUCUUCGUCGCUCUUCAUUCGUCCCAACUACACGCAGCAUGUCCAGCUGCCUCCUGAAGUCGAUGGCGUGGGCGAGUUUUGCUACACGCUUCCGAUAGAAUACAAGGAGAAGAAUGUUUUGGUGAAAGUACGGAACGGAACGGAACGCUGCGCGAAGUCUGCUAUUCGCUGAACAAUUCGCUGCUUGUGGCGCUGUCUGUGAAGUCUGGACAGUUGCGAGUGAUGGAUAAGAAGACGCAUGCGGGCAUUCCGUGCUGCUAUGUGAAGGUGUACGUGGAGACGAAGAGUGGCGAAAGCAAGUUCUUGAAGGAUGGAUUCAAGGAUAUCAGUGGCUGUUUUGAUUCAUAUUAUUCGGUGAGUAUGGAGGUGGCCGAACAAGCAAAGAAACUGGCGAUUUUUGUAGAUAAAGAGGGGUAUGGAUCGUGUAUUCGGGAAGCUUUGACUCCCAUUUCUGCUGCGCAUUAGAGAGUAUGUGUGAGAAGUG